ACUUUUCCUCUCACCUCCUCUUUUUCUCUCACUCCCGUAGUCCAGCUGUCAACUCUCCCCUCUCCAGCUUUUUUCUCAGCCUUUCCCGACUCGUCCACCUAGUAUCUCUUCGAGAGUAUACCCAACCAUAGACAAAAUGGCCUCCACUCGUGUCCUCGCCUCUCGCCUGGCCUCCCAGAUGGCUGCUUCCGCCAAGGUUGCCCGCCCUGCUGUCCGCGUUGCUCAGGUCAGCAAGCGCACCAUCCAGACUGGUAAGCGGUGAUUCGGAUCUUGCGAGCGACUCUUCCCAUCACAUCACGACCGAGAACCAGCCAUGAGAAAAUUUUUCCCCAUGUCGCUGCUGCCCGACGAUCAUCCAUCCAAAUCGCAGCGGGACAUAUUUCGUGACGCGGGAAUUGUUGAGAUUAUGGGCAAAAACCAGAGUCUGACAUGUUCCUCCAGGCUCCCCCCUCCAGACCCUCAAGCGCACCCAGAUGACCUCCAUCGUCAACGCCACCACCCGCCAGGCUUUCCAGAAGCGCGCCUACUCUUCCGAGAUCGCCCAGGCCAUGGUUGAGGUCUCCAAGAACCUUGGUAUGGGUUCCGCUGCCAUCGGUCUUACUGGUGCCGGUAUUGGUAUCGGUCUCGUCUUCGCCGCCCUCCUCAACGGUGUUGCCCGCAACCCCGCCCUCCGUGGCCAGCUCUUCUCCUACGCCAUUCUUGGUUUCGCUUUCGUCGAGGCCAUCGGUCUUUUCGACCUCAUGGUUGCCCUCAUGGCCAAGUUCGUAAGUAACCUAAAUGCCGCAUCCGCCGCAGCAUGCUCAUGGAUGCCCAACUGCUCCCCGCGCUUGGACGGCUCUGACGUAACCUGACCUCUAGACCUAAAUGCAUCCAACCAUGGACGGGCAAUACGGCGAAUCCUAGCUGGAGCCAUCGCCUGUACAUAUGGAGAGAGCGGACGAGCCGGCUUGUACGAAAAGGUUCAUGGUCAUAUGCGGCAUUAUCCACACCGCGUAUCCAUUGUGA